AUGGAGUUCUAUCCAAAGAUCGUAAUCCUCCUCCUGACUAUACUAGGAAUCGCAGGAAUAUCCAUUCGGCGCUUCGUUAUCCGCCGUCAGUUUGCACGCCGCCACGGCUGCCAGCCAGUCGCGAAAUCUGCCAGCAAGGAUCCUUUCCUGGGCCUGGAUACCCUCCCCGGGACAAUCCGUGCGAUCAGACAGCAUCGGAUUCUUGAGAGAAAUUGUAGGCUUUUUGGCAUAUAUGGCAACACCUUCAGAGUCAAGGAGCUGCAUCAAAAUGCAAUCGUGACGAUCGAGCCUGAAAAUAUCAAGACAAUUUUAUCCCUGAACUUCAAGGACUAUAGCAUCAGACACCGUUUCGAGCCAUUCAAGCCGCUAUUGGGAGAAGGCAUCUUCAAUACCGAUGGCGAACACUGGGCCGCAUCGCGCGCGCUGAUCCGGCCGAGCUUUGCCCGUGAACAAGUAGCCGAUCUGAGCUUGCUAGAGAACUUGAUGCAGGAUUUAUUGGUGUUGUUUCCACGCGAUGGUACCACGGUGGACUUGCAGGCACUGUUCUUCCGCUAUACGAUUGAUUCCGCGACGGAGUUUUUGUUCGGCCAGUCUGUUGGCGCGUUGAAGAAGAGCCAGUCGGAGCUCGCUUUCGCAGAGGCCUUCCACUAUGCCCAGAAAGCUAUUCCUAUACGGGCCAUGUUGGGUCCGUUGAAUGCGGUUUACCGUGAUCGAAAGGCUGACGAGUGUAAUCGCAUCUGUCGGGACUUUGUACAGCAGUUUGUCGACGAGGCUGUCCAUGCCGCUGAUGUGAGGAAAGAAAAUAAGGAAACCAGAACCACAGAGAUGAAGCGGAAAUAUAUUUUCUCGCAUGAGCUGGCGUCGCGCACGUCCGAUAAGCGGCGUAUGGUAGAUGAGUUGAUCAGCGUGCUCCUAGCUGGGCGGGAUACAACAGCCAGUUUACUCGGGAACCUGUUCUUCAUGUUAGCGAAGAACCCGGCGAUUUGGAAGAAGCUGCGUGCCGAAGUUGAUGUCUUGCAGAAUCGGCCACCGACAUAUGAGGAGCUUCGUGGCCUGAAGUAUAUUCAGUGUUGUGUAAAUGAAUCCCUCCGUCUUCACCCUGUCGUGCCCCGUAAUCAACGCGAGGCGAUGCAAGACACAGUGCUCCCACUGGGCGGAGGUGAAGACGGCCUCUCUCCUGUAUUUGUCCCGAAAGGAACCCUAGUCUGCUACGAUCUCUACGCCAUGCAUCGCCGAGCCGACUUCUACGGGCCAGAUGCCGAAGAAUUUCGCCCAGAGCGCUGGGAAGAUGGUAAACUGCAGCCACGCUGGGAAUAUCUGCCGUUCAAUGGUGGGCCACGGAUUUGUCUUGGUCAGCGCUAUGCCUUGACCGAAGUGAGCUACGUUCUUGUCAGGAUGGUGCAGGAGUUCCGCGGGCUAGAGAGUCGGGAUCCGGGACCCUGGGAAGAAGGUCUGGCUUUGACGCUUUGUUCGAGGAAUGGGACUAAAGUUGGGCUUAUUCCAUGA